AUGGCGACUUCUAGCGAUGCUAAGGGCGGAUUCAAGCAGGACAUGGUGGUCUCGACAAGAUACAGGAAUGAUCUACCACCACCGCCCAUGCCACCUAAGCUCCUGGACAUAGACAACGGAGGGCUUGCACAGUACCUCACCACGAGCUUCGCCUCAGGUCUAGCAAGAAGAGAAGAACCGAACAUCGAAGUAGAUGCAGAAGGUGGGAUCCCAAUUGACAUGAUUGGUAUUCCUGGAUACUUUCUCGGAGAUGAGAGUGCCAUCAUGGCGCCUGAAAUCCAACCAGUCCUCGACACAGCCGAUCACAACCUUCUUCUGACACCAGAGCAAAUCCGCACUCGCGGCGCAAGUAAUACAAAUGUCUCCUUCCUGCGCAAAACUCAAUACAUGACCUCUGGAAAUACGCGCGCGAAUGAUCCCCUUAUGCGAAGCACAUCUCGCUCAUCCAAAACCACCAAACCGACCAAAGCCACCAUACCCGCCAUCUCCCGCGACGAUCCGAGCUACAUAAAACGUUACAUCGAGAAGGGUUUCAAUAUAGCCUACCCCGAGUCAGCAGUACUAGCCAACAGCACACCGGACCCUCUUCCCAUAACCACCUCUGAUCGCCUAGCCUGGGAAAGUCCCACUCACCCGUCCAACUCCAAAAUGAAGCCCGUUGCAUUCUACCCUCUCCUGCCCGACCUCCCCGCCAAAACCGACUCCAACUCCUUCAUCAGCGUCAAGUUCGACAAACCACCCCUCCCCGUCCUUCCCAACGGAAAACGUGACAACAGAAUCGAUGUUGCAAUCCUCCACCCUGCCAAAGUCGAUGAAGUAGAACGAGAAUGGAAGUUGCGAAGAGAAGCGCACGAGAAGAACCCGGAUCUCUACGAAGAUCCUGGUAGGUUGCCCUACGACUGGGAUUUUUGUGUGCCGCGGCUUGAGGGCAGUAAAGGAGAUAAAGACAUCGUGGAGAGGAUAAGGAGGAAAUUGAAUCCCGCGGAUCCGAGACGGGAUGAUAGAGAUCUGUAUUUGAACAAGGAGAAAGGACGGUUUGAGUAUGAGCGGAUUCGGACAUUUGCUGAGGACUCAGCGCCCAUGACGCAUGGCUGGAGGUAUCUGGCUUUGUCGCUGUUUGAUCCAGACACUAUUUCCUCAGGUGCUGGAGGCAAGGAAGUCCACUCCCGUCUCAAAAAAUCAGGGCAAGGUAAAGCAGCAUAUUACUACGAGAUUGGGCAGCGGAUGCGCCUUAAGGCCGAUAGAGUCAAGACGCUGGCUCAAGCCAGAGCCCAGGGCGGCCAGGCGGGCAAGGUGGCGGCAGUGGCCAACGAGUACAGCGUUGAUGGGGUGGAUGUCUUGAUCCGCGAGCCAGAUGAGGAUGAAGUACUCAUGAGGGCGGAGACGAGAGCGCUGGUUGACAGGGUGUUUGAGGGAAGUAAGGAGUUGAGGGUUUUGAGGAGGAGGGCAGAAGAGAGAGAGAAAGAGCGAGAAUUGAACGAUGUGUUGGCAACGGCGGGACAGCCUGCUCCUGGUGGGAAUGCGAAGCUGGAUGCGGAUGCAGAAGGAGAUAUUGGUGGGACGCGGAAUGGGAGAGCCAGUCGGCCGGUCAACGGUACAGCAACUUCCAGCAGGGGAGCAGAUACCGCUGAUGCCGAUAUCGAGAUGGCGGACGCCGACGCCGAUGCCGAUGCCGACACGGAUGCGGAUGGAGAUAUAGACGAUGAGUGA